GCCACAAGUAGAGGUGAGUCAAUAGCGUUUCGGCAAACACGCCUGUCGCCUCGGUCGUCGAGGGCUGCCAAGCACCGGAGUUUCCCGGCUCCUAAUCUCGACACAAGCACGCGAUGUUUUGAGUGCCAAGUUUGCACUGGAGAGCUUUGACAUUCAUCCCGAGAACAACAGCAGAAUACAGGCCACUUGUGGAGGACAGGGCCGGCGGCGGAUGCUGUUUUCUACCGGCAGUGGCCCAAAUGACAAAGGGAAAGCUAGACGACAACGAUGAUGAUGAAGACGCGGGACUACACCUGAGAUGGGGCGGCGGUUCUUGCAGCGCCUCCUAGCGGGAAUCUUCGCUCUGACGCUCGGAACGUUACCGUCAGGUGCAGGCGGAGAACCCGAUCGUGGCCCCCUGGCGGACUCACCGGAACUGCUCCGAUAUCGAGAACAAGCACUGCAGGGUUUCAGCAUCAGAGUCAAAGCAAGCAGACAAUAUACAAAAUGGAUCGUGCACAACUUGGCGUCCCACAGAAAUCCAGAAGAGGAGUCCAUCGCCGACUUAGACCCGGGGUUCAUAGCCGCUGUUCUCUCGCUGGGAGAGCGCCCGUCUCGUGCCCAGCUCAUCGAGACUGUGAUCCGGCCGUACGGGACACAUUACGUGGUGUCCGGGGCGCUGGGCGGCGGGGAGACGGUGACUGUGUACAUGAACCAGACGGACUGGGCCGUGCAGAGAGAAGUCCGGAGCUUGCUUGGGUCCUAUUUCGCCGAUAAAGACGGAGUUAUGGAGGAACUACGUGAUCUGCAGAGGCGUUCUGGCACAUUUCGGGUUCACACGUCCAGCGCAGGGCCGAUGUCGUGUGGACACGUGGACGACACCCGGGAUCCGGUGCUCCUCUCUGACACAAACGCAAGGCUCAAACUGCGAGGUCUACAGGACUUACUACCCCGCUAUCUGCGGGAAUCCUUCACGAAGGCAGCUCUGAGUUACAUCUACUGUGACGGGAGAGGGGAGUGGACGUGUAAGGGUGGGGAGUGUCGGUGUAAAUGUGACGACUCGUCUCCAGACUGCGCAUGCUCAGCUGACGUCAUCAACAGGCUACUGUCCCAGUUAGAGCACUUGCGCAGGCAGUUUGAAACCGAUGAUUCGAGGUUCGAGCAAACAGAUGGUUUUCAGCGUUUUGUCCGAAGGCUUCCCAUCGAUCAAUUUCUGGACUUGGACGCCAUCUUAGAAAGAUGGCGACGGUCUCGGAUGGUGACGUCAUCAUACAGGGUACAUGUGGCCAAGAUGAGGAAAUUGUUGUCAAGAAUACAUGACGUCAUGACUGAAAUCAGACGACGUGUGGUAUAUUGUACCUGGGAGCCGGAAUUACAAAUCAAACCUUCUCCAAGGAGUCCGCGUCAAUGGCAGAUUAUCGCGCAGGCGCGACUAUACUGUUCCCGGGGACGACAUCCGGGGACUUUUGACCACCGGAGGCGCGCAUGCGCGUGUGUUGAUGACGACAUCUGCGGCAGUGUUCUUCCGUGUGUCGUCGGAAGGGCGGGAAGAUGUCGGACCUGCAACCCCGCCCAGAACUUCGCCACCUGUGGAUCCUGCAAUGAAGGGUAUCAACUGCUAGAGGGCACUUGUAGGAUGGUGUUAAGUUCCAACCAGCUUGGCGCCAAGUUGAUUCAGUUGGAGUCGUACCAGACACCGCGAGACGAGGACAUGUGUAAAGAGAAGAGCAGCAUCGACUUCUACUUUCGCAGCAAGACUGCGCCUUACCAGGAGUGGUUCUCUCCGACAAACAGCUCCCUUAAAAUUUCAUUAAAACUCAGAACAGAAGAUCUACCCUCAGACAAGGUCACAAUUUUAACAGGCGUCAGGACAAAGUUUUGCUUUUUCCCCUUCAUACCCGAUGGAAUGGAGAUAUACACAAAGAUCAACCCAUUGACAGAAAACCAUCGCGAUUCUUAUAGACUUCCACAAUGGGACACUGACCAUCCCAAAUGGACAACAAUCCCGUACACAACGCCUCUUCGGUACACGGCGUCAGAAACAGACAUUCGGUGCGUUCAGAUGUCUAUGUGUAUGGGACAAAGGCACAAGGUUCUCGCCGAAGCGACACAUCUAAAACUCAUAAACCUCAAAACUGGCGGACUUGGGGCGCCUCUGCGUAUGAGAAUAGAAGACGUGACGCCGUUUGGGUACAGAGCCGGCUUCAACACCACGGCAAUAAGGGAGGCAUUACGUAACGCCCAAGACGACGAACAAUUUCGAGAAAAGAUUGGAGUUUUCUUCACAGACAUAAGAGACAGGGUCAAAAGACUAUCCCCUUUCCAAGAUGAGGACAUGUUUUCCAACAUUUUACUCAAAAGAGUAGGUCUUGAAAUAACAGAAGUGAGAGCAAUAGAAAAAUUAGUUGAAGACACUAUGAAAAGUUUGGAGGAAUUUCUUGAACUCAUUUGAUAACGUUACAUGUUUUGCGUGAUGGUUUUCUUCAAUACGGGUAACUGUAGUAACUAUAUUAUCUCUGUAUAAAGACUUAUUCUUGAAAAAAAAAAGAAAUAUUCUACCAGAAUGAGAGCCAUGUAAAUAUGAAUUUUUGAUUGUCAAACGAUACUGUAUUAUAUGGAUCUUGACGAAUGCAGCUCUGUUCAUUUCUUUGUUAUUGACAUUAUUGUGAGAUCUUCUUUAGCGACUCAAUCGCACCGGUUGUUCUGGUCUGCUUUAAUGUUAAGUACUCAACAAUGGAUUCAUCUUAAGACAUAGCUUCAGGCGGGACAUCGCAGGACACUGCGCCAUUGUUAAGGGACAAACCGGACCAUCAUUUGACUUAAUCGUACCAAAAAGUGCGCAGUUAAGUUCACUACAUGGUCAGAUCUAGAUAUGGUUCUACAGACUAAAAUGAGACAUUAAUAAACUGAAA